ACCAGCAUCGGUUUGCAGGACAGCCCUGAUCCAGCAGCAGCAGCACCAGCAGCAGCACUCGCACCCACCCCACACCAUGUUCCGCAACCAGUACGACAACGACAUCACCACAUGGUCCCCGCAGGGCCGCAUCCAUCAAGUUGAAUAUGCACUGGAGGCUGUCAAGCAGGGCUCUGCAGCCGUCGGCCUUCGCUCCAGCACACACGUUGCCCUCGUUGCCUUAAAACGAUCGGCUGGCGAGUUGUCUUCCUACCAGAAGAAGCUGAUGCGAAUCGACGAUCACAUUGGAAUUGCCCUGGCGGGACUCACAUCUGAUGCUCGUGUGCUGAGCAACUACAUGCGAACCGAGGCUAUGAGAUCUCGCAUGGUCUACGGCCGUCCCUUGCCCGUCUCCCGACUGGUCAACUCGAUCGGCGAAAAGGCUCAGGUCAACACUCAUCGAUACGGAGGACGGCCCUACGGCGUCGGAAUGCUGGUUGCCGGCCACGAUGAAACUGGCCCUCAUCUGUAUGAGUGCGCUCCCUCCGGCAACGUCUUUGACUACAUCGCCAUGUCGAUCGGCGCCCGCUCCCAGUCAGCAAAGACCUAUCUGGAGAAGCACUUCCCGAGCUUUGCGGAUGCCUCUCUGGAUGACCUGAUCGUCCAUGGCCUCCGUGCCCUUCGGGACUCGCUUCAGCAAGACAAGGAGCUCAAUGUCAGCAACUGCUCCAUCGGCAUCGUCGGAAAGGGCCAGAGCUUCACGCUCAUCGAGGGCGAAGAGCUUCAGAGAUACUUGGACUUGCUCGGCGACAGCAAUCCCCGCGGUGGACAACCCGAGGCUCCCGCCGGCGACGCCUCUGCCAUGGACACAGAAUAAGCUGCAACAUCGCUGAUGAUCCCAGCCAUGCCAUUCAAUAUACGCGCAUGUCGGCAACAUAGCUACUCGAUACUGGCCCAGCUGCAGGGCUUGGCUUUGGGCGGCGAGCGAUAAUGGAUGGAGUGGCCAGCAACAAAUCUAUUGAG